AUGUGCGUCACGAUCGAUCAACAUUCGGUUCGCACCUCCGCGACUUCACUGGGUAACAACGACCAGCCAACACAGCAAAGCAAACAAUUCCAGCCAGGCGAUAACAUCAUUCUGGACCGAUUCAUCGUCCAAGAUUCUCUUCAUAAUUGGGAGCAGGUCGAAAAUCGCUUUUCCAGUUCCGGCGAGCUUGUCGAAAGAUCCGUGCGCUUCCUAGACAAGAAGAGAGAGGCAGGAGACAUCUACGAGUCUAUUGCCGAGCUCGAGAACAUUUGCCUAAAAUUGUAUCUCUGCAAACCUGAUAAGGUCAAAGCCAAACAAUGGGUUGGCCUGUUGAACUUGACGAAUAUUCUUGUUACGAUGUAUCACACAUUCUUCCGAGUGACUCAACACCACUCUGGAGAUCCCAGCCUCCGAGCAACCGCCUCCAAGGUGGCAUUGCCAGCUCGUCUUCUUCGCAUCACUACAGACCUCCUGAAACUUUUGCAGAGAGGCCUACCGGCUACGCGCCAACACAUGCUUCGGUUCGUUUGUCAGAACUAUCAGGAUACUGCCUAUCUCAAUGAGAUUUUGCCCGCCUUCAGCGACGUUUGGACCGAAUGCUUAGCUCGAAUUGCUCUUGGGGGAUUCAACGCUGCCUUGGAGGCCGAGGCAAAAGCAGCUUGGCUGUCGACCAGUCAAUGGUGGUACUGCGAAGCCACCAAUAUAACGCCAGCGAGCGGUCGACUCAGCUGCGAAUAUGCGAACCUACUUGUUGGCGAUGUCAAAAUCAUGAUGGCUUACAUCAGGUCUCUCUGUUCAUCAACCCCACACUACGAUGGCCGGGAACAUAUCAAGGAAUUUUUCAAGUCACGUCUGGAGACGCCGAGCGAUCCGCUCAGAACCGAGCAAAACUUUGUUAGGACCCAAGGCGCUCUCUUCCUUCGCAAGAGCAAGUACAACUGGGAGUUUCAUAGCACAUCGAUCAGUGGACUUUUCCGCUCGGUUGCAGGCUAUGACGUCGGCAUUUGCCACGCUUGCUCGCUCCUCGAGUUCGGCCACGCUUCUAACAUCCUGGUGAGAAUCACAGGUUCAUUAGUCGGGGAAAAACACGGCGAGAAAGGUGUGACGAAUGCCCCGAACGAAUAUUUCCUUCGAGCAUUGAGUUUGGUUGCCGAUGGUAUCUGUGUUGCAUGCAAUCUAGGUCAUAACGAGGCCGGCACAGGUUAUCUCCAUGCCAUUCUAUCAUUCCUUGCCUACAUGUCGAAACACCCUCACGCCAUGGAGCACUUCGGGAAAAGGCUUCCUUGGAAGAAGAUUUCGAUCUGGCUGAACGGGCUCGUUGCUGAAGUCCCUUCUUUCAAAGCCGUUACAUCGCACGGAUUUCCGGACCAUCCGACGCAGCGUCCACUGCCUGAUGACCUCGCUUUACGUGGUUUGGUGUGGAUUGAUCGUCUGUACGAAUAUCCAGAUGGGUGGUUUCCUUCUCGUCGUCAGGCCUUAGGCGACAUUGAAUUCCACGAAACGGACCAAACCAAGAAGCAACGAUGGCAUAGGUGUCUCUGGCUUGGCGACCUAGUGGCAUCCUCGGGACAAUGGCUCACUCUACAUGGAGAGGUUUUUGGCACGUUAUCCGACGCGACGUCAGCGACGUAG